GCAGAGCUUCCAUUUGUUUUCAUGGUGUUUUCUCACUCUCUCACUCUUUCAUCAUAAAAUAAUUCCUUCUUUCUUUUUCAAUUUUCCAUCUUCUUAAUCCCACCGCAAAAUGGACCACACUUGGCGUCUCCGUUUUGGGAUUCCCCGUUUCCGUUCCCGGAGAUCCGAACACCAAUCCCUCCCCAAACCCACUUCUAACUCCCACUCCCGAACUUUCCUCGCCGACGACUUCUCCGACGUCUUUGGCGGUCCUCCACAGACCAUUCUCUUCAGACAAUUUUCCGAAAGGUUUGAAGGUGUAGACUCCACUACUUCCUUCUACCAAGAAGUAUUCCGCUCCUCCGACUUAGUUUCCCGACCGCAGAAGGCUGGCCGGAGCUUGCCUGCCUUUAGAAUCCCUGUUAAGGAGGAUAGAUUCUACCGCGAUGUUUUUGGAUCGGAAGAUGGUCGACGGUCGAGAGAUAGGUCGGAGCCGAGCUCUAAAGAAUUCACUAGAUCGAACUCGUCUUCUGAUUUCACCCCUCUUCCGCCGGUCAUCGGAGAUGACGUGGCAUUCCCUUCGUCGUCUUCAAAUCACAGGCCAAGCAAUGUCCCAACUCAAUGGAAUUCGUACAGAACUAUGUUCAAGGAACAGGAAAUGCCACAGUUUGCACCUGAUCUCUCCCCUCAUUUCCAUAACCGUUAUGUAGAAGAUGAAUAUGAUGAUAGAUACAAAAGCUCAGACCAUGGAUUUGGAGAGCCUGUAUCGUCGCCAGAAACCGUUAUUCUGGAACCAAAUUCAUUCAGAAGCAUCAAGAUCUGCGUGGAUGAUUAUUUAGAAAUAAACUCCCCAUCAUCUCCUGAAUCUUCACUCUGUGAGGAUCCAGUUUAUUAUGGUGGAACUUACUGUAAUGUUUUACCGGAAGAUGACGUUGACGAUGAAGAUGGUAUGAGCUCUUAUGUCAUUGAGAUAACUUCCAUCAAUAGAGAAGAAUAUAGAGAAGAGGUUUCUAUUGAUGAAGCAAUUGCUUGGGCUAAAUCGAAGUAUCAAAGUGCAUCUGAGACAGAUUUGAGUGUUAGACAACAAGAAAGCGAGCAAUCUGGUGAAGAAGAAGGAAGACCUGUUGCCUUUGAAUGUUCAGAUCAGCAGUCGAAUGGAAAUGGAUUGUCGCAGACCGCAGAGACGCAACAGAGAGAAGUAAAAGUUGAAGAAGAAAAGCCGCAGUUGAACAACGAUAGAGAAUUGGAAGGAUUAGAUGAAAAAAUAAAGUUAUGGUCAGCUGGCAAGGAGACCAACAUCCGCUUGCUACUUUCUACACUUCAUUAUAUAUUGUGGUCAAGUAGUGGGUGGUCUCCAAUAUCGUUGACAAACCUGAUUGGAGGCACACAAGUGAAGAAGGCAUAUCAAAAAGCAAGAUUAUGUCUCCACCCAGAUAAGCUGCAGCAAAGAGGAGCAACAAUGCUGCAGAAAUAUGUUGCGGAUAAAGCUUUUACCAUCCUUCAGGAAGCGUGGUCUGUAUAUAUAUCCCAAGAUGCCUUCAUCAACUAAAGUCUCUCAUUUGGGUUCUGUUGGGAAGUCAUUUUGAGUGUGAAGCUCAAGAAAGUAUCAAGCAAGUCUGGAACAUUCACAAGCUGAUACCCAUUUUUGUAUUAAGAAUUUGAAAGUAGACCUGAUUACAUUUUAAGAAAGUUGUGUAUAAAACACGAAUCAGGUCAACUACGGCCUGUAUGUAAGAUAUGUCUACUUAUAUAGUGCAUGUAGAUUUGUAUUUCGCCGUGCAGCACUUGCACUUUGCAUAUGUACAAAUACAUUUGGAUAGAUUUAUAUACAUAUUUAUACA